UGCGACUUCAAAGUCCAGCGCAGCCUCGUAACAGCCUAAAGUCAAGGCAGCCGCCAAGUGUGGCACUGCCGAGAACUCCGAAAGGAUCUGCGCCACCAACCGAGGAAGGCUAGAUGGCGUGUGAAGACCCCAGAUCGCAGGGGCCACGCACUCAAGAUGGGCCUGCGCGUCAGCAGGGAGAUGAAGAGCGGCCGUCCCAGGCCUUCAGCGCGAGUCGCAGCAGUCACCUUCGUCGACAAAAUCAUCAACCGCGACGGGCGCAUGCACGGGCAGGCGUGAAUGACCAUUUCAUCACGGUAGCCACCACAUGGCAGCGACCAGCUCGAACAACUUCCAUAUCGAACACAGCCUUUCCGCUGCAUACAAACUCGUCGCGGUAUACCCAGAGACUACCAGUAACAUCUUACGACGGAACAUUAUACCCUUCAGACCCCUCAGGGUCGUCUGCAGCUGCGAUGCCGCACCGCAACUACCCACACGCACAGCAUCGCCCACUGAUCGACCUCAUUCCCGCGUACCACGAUGACGUCGAUGCCUCUGAUGAAGAAGACGACUUCUACAGCAAAGAAGACGACCAACUCAUACAUCCAAAGUGGCAGGCCCUGAUCACGCAAACAUCGAAUCGGGUUCCGCGCAGAUUACAACGCUGUGUCGUCAUAGUUCUCGCCGUCGCAUUCUUGUUCCUGAUAAGCUGGAAGGUAUACCUCGGACCGCGCCACUACGCUCAGCUACAGGACUUAAAGGAUAUGGAUGAGACACCAGCAAUGAGCUAUGGGAGCAACGUGCGUCCAGAGUUAAAGGGCAUGAUCCAGGUCAGGGACAUGGACAGCCAACACCUGCCUAAGAAGGGGCACAGGCUAGUCUUUGUCGGCGAUGUUCACGGAUGCAGGGAUGAGCUGGAGUAUCUUCUGAAGAAGGCCAACUUCAACGAGAAGCACGACCACCUCGUCUUGACCGGCGACAUGAUCGCAAAGGGCCCGGACUCGCCUGGCGUAAUCUCGCUGGCUGAGAAGCUCGGCGCGUCAUGUGUCCGCGGCAACUGGGAAGAUAAGCUCCUCCUGAGUAUCGCCGAAUCUGAAGCACGACAUCUCGACACUCUCCCCGGCCCUGACGAGUCUCCCGACCGUAAGGAGGACUUUCUCGACGAAGCCUCACACAGCCACGGCGACUACAAGCUCCGCAAACUCGCCAAAUCUUUCUCCAAACACAACAUUGCAUACCUCCAGCAAUGUCCCAUCAUCCUACGUAUAGGAAAUGUGCCCAACCUCGGUGAAUUCGCAGUCGUCCACGCCGGCCUCGUCCCAAACAUUCCUCUUGAACAACAGGACCCCUUCCACGUUAUGAACAUGCGCACCAUCGACCUCAAGACACGUAUACCCAGCUCCAAGCACGCCGGCACACCGUGGGAGAAGUUCUGGAACCACCAGCAGAAGAAGAAGGAUCCGCACCAGCGCAUGAGCGUCGUUUACGGGCACAACAGGAAGCGCGGCCUGAAUCUGCAGGAGUUCACGUUUGGUUUGGAUAGUGGGUGUGUCAGCGGAGGCAAGCUGACGGCGCUUGUUGUUGAUCACAAGGGCAAGACGGAGAUCAUUCAGGUCAAGUGCCACCAGGAGAAUGGCUGGGAUGUGGAUUAGAGUGAUGAGGACAUUCUGAGGCGUUUGGGUGGCGCUAGCAUGGCAUUGUAGGCGUCGGAGCAUUGUAUACGGAAUGCCUUUGUGAGAUCGCUAUAGCUUGGGCGCUUUAAGAUAACUGCGAAAGACGACUUACAUUUUGGGUAUUCUUUAACCACGAAACCCGUUAACUGUUAAGCUUUCAACCAUUCUUGCAGUGAAUCGAUCA